AUGCUGGAUAAAUCUCUGAAUUCAUAUAGUCUCUACAUAUUUCUCAGUGGCAACUCAUGUAUCAACAUUUUGGCCAAUUUUUUAGAUAAUGGAAUUUUCGAAAUUGAUGACAAAUCGAAUGAAUUCUUAGAUCUCUUUCAUAUUGCAAGCGAACUCAAAAUAGAUGCCAUUCUUAACUAUUACCAUAAAAAUGUCCAAGUAUCUAAUGAAUUAUCACUGAAAAACGUCAUAGAUUUUUAUGAAAAAGCAAUUUCGAGUGGAGAUAAAAAGAAACAGAAGAACUGUAUCGAUUUUAUUGCUAAAAACUUCCAAAAACUUGAUCAGUCUGCGUUAAAAAUACUGAUGUUACACCAUGGUUUUGAUUUUUGUGAAAGAAUCUUAACCAAUGAAUUACUCCAAGUCAAUUCCGAAGAUGACAUAUGCUCAUUUAUUGUGUCUCUUUGCCAAAAAAACCAUAAUUUCACUGAUUUACUGCAUUAUAUUCAUCUUGAAUUUUGUAAACCAGAAACAAAAGAUAUGGUUUAUAAUUUUGGCAGAGAUAACAAUCUUCAAUCGGUUCUGUAUGAGGUUUUCUAUAAAACAAUUAGAAAUAGAGAAAGAAAACCAUUAGAAAUUUCAGAACAGUUUUAUCAGAAUAUUGAUACCAUUACUACACUACCAGACAUCAACAUGAAAUCUUCUUCUGCUCAAUUAGGAAAUCUAUCAAUGAUUAAUAAACCAAAUUCAGAUUUCGUUACAUUUGAUGAAGAAAAGUCAUAG